CCGAUUCUCAGAAGCUACGGCAAAUUAUUGUCACAGACGAAACCGGCCGGCCGGAUAAGUUUCCGGACGCAGAUCGAGAUAGCUGACAGCCAGCGCGCGGCGACGACGUCGUCCAUGUCGGUGGGCAGCAAGUCGCUGCCGGCGCGGCGGCGCGGCAACGAGGGACAUGAGAACGGCGACGGCGCCGCGGUGAGGGAGGAGGAGGGCGACAUGGCCACGGGCGGCGGCGGUAGCAGGAGCAGGAAGCAGAAGGCGAAGCGGUACGACCGCUGGUUCUCGGGGCUGGAGCUCAGCAUCGGGCCGGGCUCGUUGAAGGACGUGGACGCCGGGAAGCUCAAGGGCCAGAUCAAGAAGUGGGCGAAGGCCGUCGUCGCCUUUGCGCGCCAGAUCAGCUUCGGCUCGCCGAGGUCCGCGCGCACGCCCGGCGGCGGCGGCGGCGGCGACGACGACGACACGCCGCGAUCAGCCCCGUCGUCGUUGCGGGCGUCCAGGUCCUCCAGCCGCCUCGGUGCCCGUGGUGGUGCCAAAGAAGGAGCCUUCGACGUGAGAGCUUGAUGCGUGGACAAUUUCUUGGCCUGCGACCUGUACAGGACUACAAGUAUGAAUCUACAGUAGCAUUAGAGUCUUCUUUCUUUUUUCUUUUUCUUCACAGACAAAAACAAUUUGUUUCGUUCUUGCCUAGAUGCGCAGACUACAACUGCACGCUACUAUGUACAGCAUGAGGGUUUGAUUUAUUCUUUCUUUUCCCUUUUUUUUCGAAAAUAAAAAAAAUCACUCUUCUCUAGAUGCAAGACUAUAUAGACUCAAGGCUACCUCAUUGUACAACAAGAAUUUGAUCUAUCUUUUUUCUUUCAAUUUUCAUAAAAAAUAAUAAUUUCAUUCAUUUCUUGCCUAGAUGCCACGCUUUUCUGUUUCUUGAUGUUGUUGUUGUUUGAUAUAUGUCAAAUGUAUCGGUUGUACUAUUCAUCCAUUUGUGGAUACACACUUAAUAGUAUUUCUUUCUGGUU